AUGACAGAUAGCGAAGACGAGCUGGUGGUUCUGACGGACAUCUCGUCUCCGUCCCUGGAUGCGUUCAAAGACCUGCUUCGAGAAGACGCGGUCGGAGAAGCGCCGGAGUUCGCGGAGGGACAUCAAAACCCUGAGCUCCGAGAGGACGAGCCGUUGGCGCUGUUGGCUGACGUUGCUCUGGCGCCAUCUUGCGGCAGGUCUGUGUCCUUCAGCUGCCCAGAGGUCAGUGGGGUGACGGGGAACUUGCAUUCAUUCCAGCUGCAGCUCCAGUUCUUUUUAAGCAGAGUGGACGAGUUGCAGGAUAGCCUCGUUAGUGGGAAUAGCCAUCUAGACAGAGAGGCUCUUGCUGCUGCAGUUUCCAGCCUGCUGUACUCCUGUCAGCCUUAUUUUAACCACCUGGAGUCCACAGGUCGGAGCGCAGUGUCACUGUGCGCCCAUAACCCAGCUGAAUUUUGUUCAAAGCUCUGUGGAUUAAAAUCAGUCGUUUCAGAGUGAAACAUGUCGACUUUGCAUCGCCGCUCUUUCUGCUUGCAGCUGUUGAGCUUCUCUCAGCAGCUGUGUGACAAGUUGGAGCAGCUGCUGCUGACCUACGCCAGCCAUGAUCUCAUCAGUUUGGAUGAGGCCGAACCCAACAGCAUAUCUCACUUCUGCGUUGGCCAGGUUCAGCUGGGCCAGAUGAAGGUGAUCACCUUCCGUUACUGCAAGCCGACACCGUAUCUGUCCCGCGUCGACACUGGGGUUUACAAACGCAUGCGCUGGAAUGUGGAGAGACCCCAAGAGGAUCAGCGGAGAGGAGAGGACAGCGAGGAAGAAGAAGAGAUCCAGACUGAUUACUACUUCCUGUGUUAUGAGGACAUCCAGAACACACAUGCUGACCCAGACUCAGAGAGCGAAGACGCCUCUAACGAUAACGUGGUGAGGAUGUGGUCCAUCGGUCAGUGGGUGCAGGUGAAGCCAGAACGGACUACAGACAAUUUAUACGACUGGAUCUUGUGCGAAGUCCCCGAGGCCAGCUAUCGCAGGCUGCUGUUCCUGGGCCGCAACGAGCCGUCCAGCUGCACGGCGACGGACUAUCUGCAGCAGCUGCUGCUGACGUGCCACGCCGACUGAGCUCAGGCCUGCAGGAGGAGGACACACACGUUAGUUAAUGCACGGCAGCAGCUGUAGCUAGGAUAAAACCUGGAGUGUCAGGAUGUAGCUUUGAAGCUAUCAGGCUAAACUGAAACAUAUGGUGCUGAUCAGAAGUUUCAUCUGAAUAGUACAUAAUUUAGGGCUUGGAAAUAAAGAUUUGGAAGGAUUUUCUUUUCCCUGGAUUGAAGAUACAACUUAAAGGAUUUUAUAAAGCUA